AUAAGGGGGGUAUUUUCCAAAGAGGGAGGGUGAGCUGAUGAACCAGGAAAUCCAGAGUAACAGAGUUUGUCAUGCUAGCUGUGUCUGGGGAGACCUGGUUGUUUAUUCUUUGGGAGGGAGUUUUGGUUUGUUUUCUUCCUAAUGUAGGUUCUCAGUAAAACUUUGCCAUGAAACCUUUGCUUUUCUCAGUAUUUCCACUCCUUCUAUUCUUGUCUUCCCUGGGACAGGAAUUUAAUGAGCAGGUUCACUUGGGCUUAGUGAAGUCCCGCCCCAAUGUGACUAAAGCUGAAGAGAGGGCAAACAGGUCCCUGCAAGAGUCUCAGGAGGUGAAACCAGAGCUUGGGCUCCCUUGGAUGUUGGUGUAUGUCCCUGUGAGAAGUUGCCAUAGAGUCCUGAAGGAAAAGCUUGGGGAGUUUUCUCCUCCAACAUAUAACCAUUUUCAGCUAAAUAUUUGGUGCAACUGGACCAUAUGGGCAGGCUCCAGAAAACACAUAAUCAUUUAUAUCAAAGGAUUUAUGACUGAUGAGGACUGUGACAAAAAUGAGGAUAAAAUCCUAUUUCAAGGAGUCUCUUCAUUAGUAGAAAACACUGUCAUCUAUGCUUGUUGGAACAAGAAGAUUCAUGUCUUUGCCACCUAUGCCCGGGCUGUCCAUGUAGUGUUUCUGAUGAAGUAUUCUUCAAACCCUAAAAACAAAUACUUUAAAGGAAAGUAUUAUAUAUUCAAACACCGUGACAUUGACUCCUCUUCUGAAGAUAUCUUAGUUUCUCAACCCCCUAUUCCAAAAUCAAAAAAAACUAGUCACAGCACUCCCAGAUCUAACAAAGUAUCAGUAAUAUACCAUGGAGAGAUUUCAGAUGAUACAAACAUUAGUACAGCUUCAAGUACUGAGAAUCUUAACAAAAACCUUAACAAGACAACUGUACUUAAUAACACAGGGUUAUUACAGGUAGGGGGUGAAGGUCAAAAUGUCACAGUUCUUGAAAGUUCUCUUCAGCUUAUACCUCAGCAUGAUGCAAGGACUCAACCUUUGAAACCAGAAGCUCAGAGCUUGCUGGAGUCUCUCAAUUUGUCUACAUCAUCAAUGGACACAGAGAAGAGUCUUGGCACAAGAAAGUCUUUUGGAAGACUAACCCAAACUGCAGCACCUGAUAUCUGGAAGCUGAGACCCUCAGAGUGUGAAGAGAUCCUGGUGGACUUUAGCAAGGUGUACAGGCCAAAAAGUCUUCCAGGCUUUCUUUCUGAGACUCCUUACUUAAGUGUUUCUCAUCUAACUGACCCCUUGAAAUCUUUGGAGUUAAAAAGACCAGAGAGCGAAAUGUCCUUCAUACUCACUAGUUUGAAGCAAACUAAUAUGGGAGACUUACAACUGAAAAUAAAUCCAACACCUCUGAGUUACCCUGUCCUGGACUCGUAUUUGCAUUCCCUAGCCCAUGACAGAGUAGAAACCAUAGGAGACGAUGAUAUUGGCUCUACCCCUUCCCAAAGUCUCAGCACGGUUACCUUGGUGAAUGAUAAUCUUUUGCAGUCAAACAUCUUGGCUUAUAAAGUGAUGAGCAGUCACAGUGAUAGCCUUGUGAAAGGUUCACUGCCUAGCCUCAGAAUGACCAAUCAGGAUCAAGUGGUGCUUGGUGAUCGGUCACAGCCUGAGACAAGGGGAAUGGAUAAAGCUGGAAGUUACCAAAUAAGUUCGACUCAGAGGGUCAGUGGAGAUAAGUCUGUAACUGAACUGGAUCUGAGAACAACGAACCUCAAAACUAUUGACCCUCUUGAUGUUUCUGUUCUGGAAAGUUCUAUGGAAGUCAUUGACCAGCCAGAAAUCACGUUGGUUACUGCAGCACCAUAUAGUUUGUCAGACGGUGAGCACCACUUGAGGCUCCAAAUCCAGCAUGUGGAUUCAGCUUCUAUAGAACUAGAAAGCAUCCUUCCAAGUACAGAAGUGUCCCUGCAUCUUGCUGCUAAGGUAAAUGUGUCAGAGGUGCUCUAUUUGGGCAUGAAAAGCAGCCAGCAGGUGGGCCUGGUUACGGGACUGGAGCCGGUUCCAAGUACAGAAGUUUCUCUUCCUCCAGCUGCCUCAGAACUGGAGCUCACUCCAAGUACAGAAACCUCCCUUCCUGUCCUUCUCUCAGAACUGGAGCCAGUCAUCCCCUUCCCACAUACAGAACCAUCCAUUUCUCCAGCUGCCUCAGAACCAGGCUCUCUCCUCUUCCCAAGCACAGAAGUGUCCCUUCCUGUGUUUCCCACAGAAACAGAGCCUGUCACCUCAGCAUUGGGGCCUGUCAUCCCUUUCCUAAGUACAGAACCACCCCUUCCUCCAGCUGCCUCAGAACUGAGACCUGUCCCCUUCCCAGGUACAGAAGUGACCUUUCCCCUGACUGCUAUGGAACUGGAGCCUGUCAUCCCAAGUAGAGAAGCGUCCCUUCCUCCAGCUGCACUUAAAAAUGAGCUCCAUUUGAGAACAAAAAGCAGCCACUACAUUGACGCUGACACAGAGCUAGAUCAUAUCCCUCUAAGUACAACUGUGCUGCUUCAUCCAGCUGCUCAGAAGGAGGACCUGUUGGAAGGCAAGCCUCCCUCAAAGCCACACAGUGACUGCUAUGGGUCUCCAGCUGCUACAGAACACAGACAUGCCCUCCCAAGUACAACACAGUCUCUUAACUUCUUUCUUCAAGAAAGCAAAAUAGGUGUCCAACAAUCAAUGCUAAAAGGUGAGAGAGAGGAGAGCAUCCAUGAGGCAGAAACUGCACAACCUGGAAAGGCUGGUGAAAGGAACUUAAUCACAAACUUAAUCACUGGCAACUUCUUCUCAGACACCACUCAGCUGCAAGCCUUAAAACCAGAACCUCAGCUUGGACGUCUUGGAUCUGAGGGCCAUACAAGUAAAGUUUCUCCAGUAACUGAGUACCUCGCUAAAACACCCUUAGUGGUAACAAGGACGGAUAGAGUAAAGCAAAAUGAGCUCAUGUUCAAAAAUGGUCUUAUGACCUCUAACACUAGGGCUACUCCACCUCUGGAGCACAUAGCCAUGAAUACUAAAGUUAAAUUGACUGAGCCUGUAAAGGAGAUGAGUAACACAACACUGAAACAAAUAUUCCCAGAUACCACAAAACUUCAUGAAGGGCAGCAAACCACUGAGUGGAGCAGUGCCUCUCAGAGCUCUGCUACUGCGUAUAGUAACGCUCUGACUCCAGCUAAGAAACUGGUACCAAAAGAGAGCAUAGCUUCACAUCCUGUCCAAUCGUCUUCUGCUCGCGCACCUGAGAAUGCAUCAACUUCAGAAGCAAGAGUCUUCCUGAACUACAUUGUUCCAGAAUUACCUUGGUUGUUGCUGUAUCUUCCUGUAAGAAGUUGCCACGUCACCUUGAAAGAUGAAAUUGGGACAUUUUCCCCACCGGCACAUAGUGGUAUUCAAACCAACAUCUGGUGCAACUGGACCAUUUGGGCAGGCCCCCAAAAACACAUCCUGAUUUACAUAAAGGGAUUUCAGGGGAAGGAAGAUUGUGAAGAAAACCCAGAUAAAAUAAUUUUUCAAGGGGUCUUGUCAAGUGUGGAAAGAAAAGUAGUUUAUGCUUGUAAGAACCAAGGUACUCUGAUCUUUGCUACUCAGGCUUUGGCUGUCCAUGUCGUGUUUCUGUCCAAGGGCAAUUCCUUACACCGUGAACGCAAAUAUUUCAAAGGACAAUAUUAUGUAUUCGAAGACUAUGAAACUUCAAGAUCUACAAAUGUUACUGCAGCUCCUAAAGAGCCAGUUCAGAAAACAACUAGGAGAACUAAGUAUGGCAGUAUCCGAUUCUACCCUAAAUCACCCAUAAAACACUACAGAGGUCUUCUGGAUUUUGUAAAGACCAGUACAGCUCAUAAUGAAAAUCAACAGCUUAACAAGCUGCCUACGUUAGACACAGAAGGUUGGGACAAAAAUGGAAGCUCACCAAGACUAGAAACUUUCUUAAGGUUUGUUCUUGGGAACAACACACACAUCCCUCUCUUAAAAGCCAUGGACAACAUGACCUUCCGCACUCAUCUGAAGUGGCAGCAAUUUAUGAAAUCUUUGGAUAAUGAAAACAGUAGGGAAGAAAAACAUUCGGACUUUCUAAUGGUAACCCCAGCAUUAAAUGUAUUGAGGCUAAACAUCCAAAAUGAGAGAGAGCAAACUAUUGCUUUCAGUAAACUUGUGGACAGGCCAACAAUCCACUCGAACCCGGUCUCAGAGACUCUGCCCAUGAAAUCUGUGGAGAUGCGAAGUGUCAAAACAACAAAGUCAGUAGGACCCCAGCACAGCUCAGUUGCUCUCUGGAGACCAGCUACUAUGGAAGACCUACAGACAAAGGCAAUUCAAGCUGUGCAUAGAAAUCCUACUCCUCAUCAUGGCUUGCAAUCUCUGCAGGGCACAUGGGAAGAGCAGAACAUUCGAAUGACCUCUUCUCAAAGCUUUAGAGCUGCACCGAUCAAAGACAGAGAGGUUCUCCAGUCAAACCAUGUGAACGAUGAGAGUGUGGCCAGUCAUCCUGCUGCUUUUGUGGAAGACUUCCAGGCUAAUGCGGGGCUGAGCGGGGAUGGUCAAGAAGUAACUGGUCUGGUACAGUAUGUGAUGAACUUGGAGAGAAGCAUUCAAGAAAGUCAUCAUGAACAUCAAACACACAGAAAGGGAAAUGACCAAGGUGAUCUGUACAUGAAGCCAGCUUCUGCCCUCAAAAAUGUUAAACUUAAUGUUGAGCCUCUUAUUUUGGGAACUCCUAAGAAAGUUCUCAAAACCGAGUCCAUCCUGGUUACUGUAGCCCUACACAACAUGCUGGAUGUCUCUAGCAGUUACCGUGCAGAGACCACUGCUACUGAAUUCAAACCUGUUCUCCCAAGCAGCACCGGAAGUGGCCCGUUGGGAAAGACAGCUGCUGCUACUGCACACCUUGGCACUCUAGUAACCCAAGACACAGAACCUCCACUGAUCAUGAGCACAAAAUCCCCUUCUUCCUAUGCCUCUUCUGGUGGAGUAUCAAAGGACACUGCAUCCUUGAAAACAGAACAUGAGAGAGAUUCCUUUGAUAUGGCUUCCAUCUUCACCUCUCUCAAAAAUGAUACCAUGUUGGAAUCCCAGCACAAUCCUGGAGAUGUCUUGUUUGAAGUAACUAGUGAAAUUGAACACAAGGGAUGGAUCCCACGUAGUAGAGAUGAGCUGAAAAAGGCCCUCAUGGAAUCCAUUAAGCUUCACAUACAAAAGAACCUGAAACUCUUGGUAAGCAAAGUCAAUGAAAUCAAGUUAAAGGAAAUCAAAAGGACAAAUGACCUAAAACCAACAUUCACUUUCUGGUUACACUUAAAACCAGAGGAAAGGAAUCUGUCUGUCUUACUCCAUUCUCAACUGAAUGAUCUCAUUGGCAAAUCUAUGGGAGCUGAGAAGUUGCAGAUGGCUUUAUUGUCAGUUAGAGAUGUGAAUGAAUGCAACUCUGGAAUUGGAAUGUGUGGUGAUGAGGCUGACUGCCUCAACGAAGAUGGCACUUACUUAUGUCGCUGUAAAAAAGAGUACGAAGAUCGCUCUCCGACUAAAUCUGGCACGUUGUGCGUCCGUAUUCCACAAUCAGGUAUUGGUGGUUUGUUCAGCUACCUGGAAAUUCUAGUCGGUACUACAGUAUUCUUCAUCUUCAUCCUCGUGGUGGUGGCAAGCAUUCUGUGCACAAUACUCAGGAAAAGACGCACAAAGAAGGCUUGUAUUGAGGAGCCGGUUGCAAGUGGAACACCUUCAGCACAGUCUCAGCUGCCUGUAUCUUCUAUCAAUCUGAGUAACCUUGGUGACCACCUGAUCCUAGAUCCCUUCCGGCCAAAGCUCAGAGCCAAGCCCCCAGAAUGGACAUCACAAGUGCGAGCCCACCCAAAUGAGACUUAUAGAAUCUCCUUUGAGCAAUCUGAAUGUUUGUAAAGCAAACCUAUGCUGAAAGUUUGAGUUUUUUCUACUGAUUGCCUCUUUACCAUUCAUGAACUGAAAUGGCCUAUUCCUUUCAACAGAACUUGAACAAUCCUGGAUCUCCUACACUUGUUUCUGUUGGCUAAAGUGAACAGUGCUGUGGCUCAAAACUUAUUUUGGUUCUUGGUUGGAUUCUUGAUCCUUGUACUGUCUGUAGGUUUCAUAUAGCUGAUUCUUUGUGACUGGAAGGAGUUGUUUCUGCAAACAGCUGGCCUGUAAAUAAAGCUGGUAUCUCACUAUGCAUGGAAAAUGUA